UUGCCCGGGUCAGCGUCAUGGCUGCCCGGGUAUCAAGGACCGGGUGGGCUAUUGCAUUUACAGCUGCACGCAGAAGCCCGCUGAUUUCCUGCCGGAGGUGUUCCAGUGUCUCGGCAGACACAGUGUACGAUGUAGUGGUGUCGGGCGGAGGCCUCGUGGGUGCUGCCAUGGCCUGUGCCUUGGGACAUGAUAUCCACUUCCGUGAUAAAAAAAUCCUGUUGCUAGAAGCAGGUCCAAAGAGAGUUCUGGAGAAGUUGUCAGAAACGUACAGCAACAGGGUCAGCUCCAUUUCCCCUGGCUCUGCAACCCUUCUCAGUAGUUUUGGUGCUUGGGAUCACAUUUGCAACAUGAGAUACAGAGCCUUUCGGCGAAUGCAGGUGUGGGAUGCGUGCUCAGAGGCCUUGAUAAUGUUCGAUAAGGAUAAUUUAGAUGACAUGGGCUAUAUAGUGGAGAACGAUGUCAUCAUGCAUGCUCUUACUAAGCAGCUGGAGGCUGUGUCUGACCGAGUGACUGUGCUGUACAGGAGCAAAGCUGUUGGCUACACCUGGCCUGGUCCAUUUUCCAUGGCAGACUCCAGCCCUUGGGUCCAUAUUACCCUAGGUGAUGGCAGCACCCUCCAGACAAAAUUGUUGAUUGGUGCUGAUGGUUACAACUCAGGAGUACGGCAGGCUGCUGGAAUCCAGAAUGUUAGUUGGAACUAUGACCAGUCUGCUGUCGUGGCUACUCUCCAUUUAUCAGAGGCCACAGAAAACAAUGUAGCCUGGCAGAGAUUUCUUCCCUCUGGGCCUAUUGCUCUGCUCCCGCUCUCGGAUACCCUGAGUUCCUUGGUCUGGUCGACAUCCCAUGACCAUGCUGCGGAGCUAGUAAGCAUGGAUGAGGAAGAGUUUGUGGAUGCCAUUAACUCUGCCUUUUGGAGUGAUGCAAACCACGUGGACUUCAUUGAUUCAGCUGGGACCAUGUUACAAUAUGUUGUCACCCUUCUGAAGCCCACUAAGGUCUCAGCUCGCCAACUACCCCCAAGUGUAGCAAAGGUGGAUGCAAAAAGCAGAGUCCUCUUUCCUCUGGGGUUGGGACAUGCUGCUGAGUACGUCCGGCCUCGGGUGGCACUCAUUGGGGACGCAGCCCACAGAGUCCACCCGCUUGCAGGACAAGGUGUCAACAUGGGCUUUGGGGAUAUCUCCAGCUUGGUCCAUCAUCUCAGUACUGCAGCUUUCAAUGGGAAAGACUUAGGUUCUAUGAGCCACCUUGCAAGUUAUGAAACAGACAGACAGCGCCACAACACUGCUCUUUUGGCUGCCACAGACUUACUGAAAAGACUGUAUUCCACCAGAGCCCCUCCACUUGUGCUGCUCAGGACGUGGGGUUUGCAGGCCACUAAUGCAAUGUCUCCACUCAAAGGCCACUGCUGUGAGAAGCUUCCGAGACCUCCUGAGGUGAGGAAGACCAGGGAGUCUCAUCUUCCUGGACCUGGCAGGUGGCAGGAGUCUAAUGAACACAGCUUACUUCUUGGGGCAACAACUUGGUGUCUACUGGAGGUACUGACCCAAAGAAUCAGAAUCUGCUCUGCUUAACGUCUGGUAUAUGAGGUAAUAUCUGUGAAUUCAUUCAACACUGUUCCUGCAUUUAGACUGACCAUGACCCCUUACCUUCUUACUACCCUAAAUCUUUCCUCCUCUUAAUCCAGCCCAAGAUGUCAGAAGCUCGUCUCCCUAUUCCCUCCCCAAUUCCACUGUUGGUUCAUCAGUUAUCCAAUUGACUCCACUCUGUAAAUAAGGCAUUCCCUUGGCCUGACUCACUCAGUCCCAUUUCUCUACAGGCAUCCCUUCACCACAGAUCACAAGGAAUUUGACGGGCUCAUGUUUUGGGUUAAUGGAUUUGAAUCGGAACAAAUCUCACCAAAAGAAAAAAACACCCUAAACUCUCCCACACAGCUCUCAAGCAGGUUACGCAAAUAUUAGUGCUACCAUUCAAAUAAAUGUGCCCCUGCCAUGGUCCAGAAGUUGGGCUCCUCCAACCUCCUGCCACUUGUACAAAAUGAUACUGCUCCACUAAGGGAUGUAGGACAGGAACUUGGGAAAGGAAAGAAUUCCUUGUGUAGGCCCCCUUAAUCUAUAGCCUGCUAUUAAUACCAUAUAGUCCUAAAUUGGAAGUCCCUAGAGAAGUUAUGAUGGGCUUAACCAGCCUGGGGCUUUGGAGAAGAGUAUGUGUUGACUACAGUUUGGGGCAUAAUUAAAUCUCAAUACUUCAGACAGGUACAUACCCUAAUUUUAUACAUGGGAAAACAGAGGCUCCGAGAAUUUAGGUGUCUUACACCUAAAUAUCGAAACCAUUAAGUGAUGCAGGCAUGAUUUAAACCCAGGUCUUAACUGAAAGUUUCUAAACCACUCUGCUGUUUUAAAAUACCAACAGGCAAGAGAUAACCACUGUCUAAGUCAUGAAAUCAAGGGCUGGGGUUGUGGCUCAUUGGUGGAGCGCUUUCCUAGCAUGCGUGAGGCACUGGGUUUAAUCCCUGACACCACAUUAAAUUAAAAUAAAAUAAAAGUAUUUUUAAAAACAUAAAUAAACUUAGGACAUCAAGAUUAUGGGGACUCUAUCCUACCCUCUGUUUACUAAACCUGCUCUCUAAAAACUCCACUACCAUAAACUGAGGCAACUGCUAGUAGCCUGGAGGGAACUCUCUCCUAUUUAAACCAAAUGGAGAGUGAAUAGUAAUAAUCACUAGGACUUGGAGAGUCUCUAAACAAAGAUUUGUUGGCAAAUAGGGGAAGGGAUGACCUCCUUUCUUAAGACUAAAAUCUCUAUUGCUUUAAGAUUAGGAUGGUCUGGGAGCAGUGGCACAUAUCUGUAAUCCCAGCACCUCUGGAGACUGAGAUGGGAGGAUUGCAAGCUCAAAGUCAGCCUCAACAAAAGCAAGACACUAAGCAACUUAGUGAGAUCUUGCCUCAAAAUAA